GUCGUCACUCAAACGCCAGACUGACCGCUCAUUGGACCUGGGCGGAGAAGGCGGGGCCCGGCCCGAGCCGUGAUCGGUGGCUGGUCCCGGCCCGCCCGGGCGGGCGAUCCGAGGCAGCCUGGUGCUGGCUGCAUGGGGCGGCGGAGGCGCCGGGUGGAAGGGGCGGCCAGGGCCCUGCCUGAGGCUAUCGCUGCGCUGAGUCGGUCCCUGCCCGCUGGGCCCAGCCCCGAGAUCUUCCGCCGCGCAAAGUUUGACCGUCCAGAAGCGGCUCCAGUGCUCUGGCAGCUUCUCUUCCGCGUGCUCUCACCGCUUGCUGCAAACAAUGCCUUGACCGACCUGGCUCCAGAGGCCCAAGCCCGUGUGGUGAAGUCAGCACUGGUCUCCCAAGGCUACCCCAGGUCUGCGAUGUUACAGUCUCCUGAGGGCGGUCCCCAGGGAAGCCGGGAACUGCUGCUGGCCCUGUCCUGGCUCCUGGCACGAGGGCCGUUGCUUGAGCAGCUGCUUGCCCAGACCCGUGUGCAGUUGGGUGACGAGUUGCCCCAAUGUGAGUGUGAUACCCUGGCCAGCCGUGGUCUUCCUGCACCCCAUGUGGAGACAGAGAGACCCGUGGAUCUCCGACUAGUGGAAUGGAUGAUGGGAAAGCUGCGGUUUGGGUGGCGUCGCCUCAUCUCCAGUCAGCAGGAGCAGUGCGCCCUCCUCAGCAAGAUCCACCUGUACACCCGUGGGUGUCACAGCCAAAAGAGACUUGGCCAUCUUUCUGUUGCCGAAACAGAGAUGCUCAGGGACCCAGAGAGCAGUCAACAGCUUCUGCAAGCACUGGAGAGCGAGAACGCCCGUCUGGAGGCAGCUCUGGAGUGGCGGCACCGCGAGCUGGUCUUCUGGCAGUGGAUGGAUACGGUUCUGGACGCCUGUUGGUCGGAGAGUCCUGCUGUGACCUCACAGCCCACAGUCCUGCCCAUGAUCUCUGAACGUGGCCUUGGUGCGCUGGAGUUGGUGAAACAAGACUUGCAGGCCCUGCAGGAAGAGCUGCGGGAAGCGGCUGAGCGCCGGCGGGAGGCAUGGGAAGCCCAGGUUGGAGGCCUAGGUCGGCAGCCAGAGUGGAGCACCACAAGGAAGGCCUUGCAGGAGGCUGUUGAAAGGGAGUUGGUCGCCCUACAGGGUUCCUGGGAGCCGUCCAGCAACCCGUCCCAGCCUCAGAGACCCCAUCGGCUGGUGAGAAGUCAGGAUGAAUUGCCAGGACGCCAAGGCCUGCAGGCAGCCGAGGUGAUCAGGACACUGAGUGCCCAGGAGGCCUCUCUGAAGAGGGCGUUGCACCAGCUACAGAGUCAGUGUCAGCGGGAGCUGGCCAGGCUGGCUGGUGCCCUGCCUGGCUUGAUUUGGAUUAUGGCUCCUGGUCACUGAACGCCCCAAGGCGUUCCCCUGUGUAGGGUCUCAGAGGGGCAGACUGUGGCCGGCUUGGGAACAGAGGUCCAGGCUAUGUAUCGUUUCCAGGGCCAGAGCCCUGUUGGCUACAGUUUGGAGUCGCCGUGGGCUGGUCCUGCUGAGAAUUUGGAGGGGACCUGUACAGCAUGAUAGAGCUGUCUCUGGGGACACCAGGUUGCUGCCCUCUCCACUGCCCCUUUAACGUCCUCUUCUCCUUUUUUGGGGGGGGUUCGAGACAAGGUUUCUCUGUGGCUUUGGAGGCUGUCAUGGAACUCGCUCUGUAGACCAGGCUGGUCUCAAACUCAGAGAUCCGCCUGCCUCUGCCUCCCGAGAGCUGGGAUUAAAGGGAGCACCGCCCUGCUAAGGUCGUCUUCUUGGGA